UCCACGACUAACUGGUUAAUAAAAUAGAAGUAAAUGUAACAAGUUGAACUAAUUGUUGGACGAAACAGCAAGCCCACGGGAGAGGCCGAGAAAGUGCAUCAAUGGAGAAAAGAAACUCGGUAGACAUUGCAAUGGAAGACUCUAAGGUCAUGAGCGAAGUUCAUCUUGGUUGCCCGCCUAAUUUCUCCGGUCCAUACGUCUCCCGUUUUACCUUCCAUUUACCUCUUCCUGAAGAUGAGCAUUUGCAGAAAAGAUGUGGUGAUGAUCCUGAAAAUGAAUCAUGUUCUUUCCAGAAGAUUGUCAAAGUGGAUGAAGACGGUGACCUCAUUGUGGCUCGACGAACAAAACAAUCAUAUUACACUGGUGUUGUCAGCAUCCAACACAACAUUACAUCAAGUAUUUCAAGAGUGGGUUUGCAGGUCUGGAAGGCAGAAUUGAUAUUAGCAGAUUAUGUAUUGCACAAGAUGUCGCUAUCAACUGCAUUCAACAAUGUUGUAGCGGUUGAACUUGGUGCUGGCACAGGGUUGGUUGGUAUCUUAAUUGCGCGUGUUGCCAAGGCUAUUUUCAUAACAGAUCAUGGUGUUGAAAUUCUAGACAACUGCGCUAGGAAUGUUUACUUUAAUUCUGGCCUAUUCGGAAGUGAGUGUUCAGUUAAAGUGCGAGAGCUUGACUGGCAGAAACCAUGGCCACCCAUGGAUUUCAAUUCUACAGGAAGAUAUUCCUGGACAUCUACUGAGGUGGAAGAGGUCAACGGAGCAUCUGUGCUGCUUGCUGCUGAUGUGAUCUAUAGUGACGAAUUAACUGAUGCUCUUUUUAGUGUUUUACAGAAAAUGAUGUGCCAGCAUUCUGAAAAGGUGCUAUAUCUUGCUUUGGAGAAGCGAUACAAUUUCAGCUUGGAUGAUCUUGAUGUUGUUGCGAAUGGGUACUCACAUUUCCUUAGUUACAUGACGGAUUCAAAAGGUUUCACUGGCAAGUGUAUCAAUCUUUCCGAAAUUCCUCAAUAUGUGAGAGAAUACCAGAGAGGAAAUGAUGUGGAGCUUUGGGAGAUGAAGUAUGUUGCACCAAAAUGUUGAAGAUCUGAGAUAUCUGCUGGAAAAGAAGAGCGGAGAUAAAUAUUAGUUUUCAUUAUUCUUAUUUUAUUUUAUUUUCUUAUUUAUGAUUUAGGCUUAAAUUUUCAGAAAAAAUGCUUAAAAAAAUGUCCAAAAAAAGAGUGUGCAAUAUCACCGUACACCUAAUCCCCAGAUCAAGAUUUGGUGAGUUAUUUUUUUUAUUUCAUUUGAAAAAUAUUUUAAAAAAAUUUGUGUCCCUGUAUUGUAUCCAAUACGAGGGCAUGUCCCUAUAUCCUAAAAUUCUAAAAACAAUAUAUCGGAUACUAGAAUCCACAUUUAUAUUCGAUACAUGUAUUUGAGUCUAGGUAACAUAACUCGGAUGCAUUUUAGAAAGAGGCAGAUUCUAGCUAGGCAUGUAUGUAUUCUCUAUUUUCCUUUAUAUAAUGUUUAUUAUACAAUACUUUUCUGUCUUAUUUAUUUUGCAAUAUUUCAAAUUAAAGAAACUCAUUAAAAUUUAAAAUAUUGCUGGGAAAAAAUUAGUUGAUUUAAUGGGUAAACUACCACUACCAAUAGACAAAUAAAAUAAAUAAAAUAUAGUUGUUAUUAGUGAGUUGGAUUCUACUGCUUUGUAUAGUGGAUGUAUGUAAAACAAUGAAUAAUUUUACCACAAU